GUUUGAAUUUUGCGGCGCUCUGGCUUGUAGGUGUGCCUGCUUCUGCGGCGGCAGCGGGCCUUCAGACCCAGAGGGUUUCUUUAUUUUUAGUUCCGUUGAGGUUUUACUCCAAAAGCUGCCUCAGGAUGUCUUCACAUUUUGUCAGUCGGCACAGAAAGGACUUAAGUGUCAACAUGAUUAGAACUAAAAUUGCUCAUAGGAAAUCACUAUCUCAAAAAGAAAGCAGAUAUAAGGAAUAUGAACGAAAUAGACACUUUGGUUUGAAAGAUGUCAACAUUCCAACCUUGGAAAGUAAAAUUCUUCUUGAAUUAGAUGAGACAUCUCAAAAUCUUGUUCCAGAAAAGGCCAAAGUCAAGCCAAGGUCAAAGAAAACCAUUCUAGGUGAUCAACGAAAGCAAAUGCUCCAAAAAUACAAAGAAGAAAAGCAACUUCAGAAAUUGAAAGAGCAGAGAGAGAAAGCUAAGCGAGGAGUAUUUAAAGUGGGUCUUUAUAGACCUGAUAUGCCUUGUUUUCUGUUAUCAAACCAGAGCACUGUGAAAGCUGAGCCAAAAAAGGCUGUUUCAUCUUUUGUACGGAUUACAAGGUCAAAGGCCAAAGACCAAAUGGAGCAUACUAAGAUUAAUAAUGGAAGUGAUGUUCGAGCAAUCCAACCUGGUCAAAGACAAACUUCUGAAAGAAAAGUAUUGGACAAAGAGGAAAAAGUUGUACAGCCUGUAAUGACCACAUCAGUGAGACUGACUCGAUCAGCCACUCAAGCAGCAAAGCAGAUUGCCAGAACAGUCUCAUCUACUACAGCAGGAAAGCCAAUCAUAAGAGCUACUAAUGAUCAUGAAAUGGAAAGACAGAGACCAAAUCAAAGAAGACCUACCAAAAAGACAGAAACAAAACCUGAUAAGGUCGUUUCUUUUAAAGUCGAUAGUGAAGAUAAUACUUUGGAUUUACAAAUCAGUGCAACAAAUGGAAUGGAUCCAGAUGGAGUCUUACCAAAAAUGGAGAAUUUACCUAAGAAUACUGCAAAAACAAAAGGGAAGAAUUCCUUUGCACCUCAAGAUUUUGUGUUUCAGCCACUGGAUGGUCUGAAGACCUAUCAAGUAAAACCUAUGACUCCCAGAAGUGCCAAUGCUUUCUUGACACCCAGUUAUACCUGGACCCCUUUAAAAACAGAAGUUGAUAAGACUCAAGAAGUGACAAAAGAAAUUUUGACCCAAGAAUGUAAAACUUACUCUGCAAAGAUGAUACAUCAAGAUUCAGAUAAACUACAAUGUCCUUUGGGUUCUUUAACAGUUUGGAAUAAAGAACAUGUCUUAAAUAAAGAUGAGACUACUACUAAAAAUUCAAAUGGCCUUACAAUAAAAGAAGUCCCAUCACUUGAAAUAAUUGAAGAUCAGAUAUCUCAGCCCCACCAUGAUGUGCUGUAUUUCAGAAAUAUUCUUCAGUUAGAAACUGAGAAAUUAACUUCGCACUGCCUUGAGUGGGACAGGAAGCUUGAAUUGGACAUUCCAGAUGAUGCUAAAGAUCUUAUUCGUACAGCUGUUGGGCAAACAAGACUCCUUAUGAAAGAAAGGUUCAAGCAGUUUGAAGGGCUGGUGGACAAUUGUGAAUAUAAGCGCGGUGAAAAGGAGACUACCUGUACAGAUCUGGAUGGAUUUUGGGAUAUGGUUAGUUUUCAGAUAAAAGAUGUAAACCAAAAAUUCAGCAAUUUGACCAAACUCGAGGAAUCUGGAUGGCAGAACAAUAAUAAUGUAAGCAAAAAAGUCCCUCAGAAGAAAGUUGUCUCGGGGAUAGCAAGUAAACCCAAACAGGAUGAUGAUGGAAGAAUUGCAGCUAGAAAUCGCCUUGCAGCCAUAAAACAUGCAAUGAGAGAGAAGAUGAAGCAGAAAGAACCUGUGGAGGCAGCGGCCUCUGUAAUGCCAAAGGAAGUUGAUAAAAUAGUGUUUGAUGCUGGAUUUUUCAGAAUUGAAAGUCCUAUUAAAUCCUUCUCAGGACUUUCUAUCUCUUCUGAAUGUCUUUCUCAAAGACUUAGGACACCGAAGUCUGUCAGCAAAGCUGUGUCUGAGAGCAGGGCUGAGAUGGACCAUCUAAGGCAGACUAUGUCACCACAGAAUCCUGAUCCUCAAAGCACCAAAAGUGAGCAUGUUGAUAAGGAGACUUUGCUUUCAACUAUUCCUCAAACCAGGAACAGCAUAGAAGAUGCUCAGUGUCCUGGGUUACAGGGUUUAAUUGAAGUAAAUGAUAAUGCAAACAAGAUAAACUUUGAAAUGGCUUGUUUACCCAGUGAAAGAAUGAAUUUGCCCUUUCUUGCUGGAGAAGUGGCUGAUGAUAUUAAUACUAAUAAAAAGAAAGAAAUUCCAGAUGUUAUAGAAGGACUGGAACUACAUUCUUCAGUUACAGCACAGGAUGUUUUGAUGAGCAGCCCUGCAAAAAAUAUACCAUCACAAAAUAACAUCUUACAGGAAGAGAAAGCCAAAAUUUCUCAGUCAGUAUUUGAUACUAGAAGCCUCACGACUGAACGCCAUCUUCUUGAUUCGCCGGACCUAAACUGCAGUACUACCUUCACUUGGGUGGAGAGGAAACAUCAAGAUCAUAUCAGACACAUUUCCUUUGGUGGUAACUUGAUUGCCUUUUCACCUCUAAGGCCCUUCAGUGAUGAACAACCAGAAGAAUUUUGAAUUUAAAAAUAAGUCCAAACAUUUUUUUCAUAUUAUCAAUGUGAUAUAUUGUUAGCGUGCAUUUGUAUUCACUUCUAGUCAAUUUACAUAGUGUCAUAAAAUGUUUUAAUAUUCAGUGUUCAGGGAUCCCUGGGUGGCGCAGCGGUUUAGCGCCUGCCUUUGGCCCAGAGCAUGAUCCUGGAGACCCGGGAUCGAAUCCCACGUCGGGCUCCCGGUGCAUGGAGCCUGCUUCUCCCUCUGCCUAUGUCUCUGCCCCUCUCUCUCUCUCUGUGUGACUAUCAUAAAUAAAUAAAAAUUUAAAAAAAAAUAUUCAGUGUUCAUUGAAGUGUGUUUUAGAUAUGAUAGUGUUUCUCGAGGGAAGUGGGGAAUAUUUUGUACAUUAACUAUGCAGAAUAAAAGAUGUACUUUAC